AUGGCGUUGUUCGAUGUCAGCAACGAGCUGAGUUGUUCCGUGUGCCUGAGCAUUUUUACGGAUCCCGUGACGCUGGAAUGUGGACACAACUUCUGCCUGGUCUGUAUUAAUAAGGUGGUGGAGACCCAGGGGGCAUCUGGGGUUUACAAUUGCCCCGAAUGCAGGAGGGAAUUACGGAAACGUCCUGCUCUGCAGAAGAACAUAACCCUCGGAAAUAUUGCGGGACGUUAUUCAGAAAUGACGCAGAAGGAAGCGAUUUAUUGCACGUACUGUAUCGGAUCUUCUGUACCUGCUGUUCAAUCGUGUCUAAUGUGCGAAGCUUCUCUGUGUGAAAAACACCUCAAAGUCCACAGCAAGUCACCAGAGCACAUCCAGUGUGAGCCCAUCUCCUCCUUCAACAAAGUCAAAUGUUCCACUCACCAUCAAGUGUUCAUGUACUACUGCGACGAAGACGCCGCCCACUUGUGCGUUUCGUGUACCUUGUCAGGACAGCACACCGGGCACCAGAUGGAGCUCCUAAGUGACUUUUGCAAAAAGCAAAAGGCAAAGUUGAUGGAUGUCCACAACGAACUCAACCUCGCCAAAACGGACGUCGAGAAAAAGAUACAAGAUUUGAAGAAGCCCAAGGAAAAACUGGAGCGUAAGUUCGAGGCGACCCAAGAAAAGGUGUCCUCCAUCUUUAACGACAUCCAACGACAGCUGGAGAAGCUCAAGGAAAGAACCCUGCAAGAUAUCAAAGCUCGGAACAAAGAAACGUUGAACGACAUCGCGGAGCAAAUCUCCGAACUGGACAAGAAGAAGCGGGAACUGAGCGAGAAGAUGGAUCACAUCAUGGAGCUGUGUAGCAUGACCGAUCCCAUCGCCGUCUUGCAAGAGCUAGAUCUUGGCGGCAACCCGAUUUUACGUUUCGAAAGUAAGGAUCAAGACGAUGUAAUGGAUUGUAGCAAGACGACGGAAGAAGACGCGGACGAGUCUUGUUUUUUAAAGACAUUACAUAAGGGUUUGUCUGAUAUUUUCAGUAGCUAUAAGAAUACGUUGCUGUCCGAGAGAGAGGCGAAAAUAACGCUAGAAAUCAAGACGGCGGCUAAUAAUGUUUUUAUUUCGGACGACUGCAAAACUGCCUCGUGGCAAGUGAACCAAGGUCGUCCGAGGGGGCCGGAAAGAUUUCAGUAUCACCAGGUGUUGAGUGUUGAGGCUUUUUCAAGUGGAAGACAUUAUUGGGAGGUAGAAACUGGUGAAACGGGCAACUGGAUGGUGGGGGUGGCCUAUGCCAACAUUGAUAGGGAGGGAAGUCAGGCCAUUAUUGGGAAGAAUGAUAAGUCAUGGAGUCUUUGCAAAUGGAAUAAUCAAUAUUUUACAUUGCACAACAGAAAACAGAUCCAUCUUAAUGUCAAGUUUGGCUGUAGGAAAUUCAGGAUCUGUCUGGAUUACGAGGCUGGGCGCCUGACCUUUUAUGAUUUAAACAACUUGACUGUACCAGUACAUACCUUUGCCACCACCUUUACACAGCCCCUCCAUGCUGCCAUAAGUGUCUGGGAUAGUGCAUGGGUGACAAUUCUGGGUCAGGAAUAG